GUCUUGCUGUCUCUAAGCCACACCUGGUGACAUUUCUGGAGCAAAGACCAGACCCUUCAGACGGGGAGAGACAAGCAGCAGCCACCGUGCACCCAGGAAAAACACCCAAUGAUUAUAACAUUUACAACAAGGCUACUGUUUGUAACUUAGUAUGUAUUCACCGCCAGAGAAUUCGCAGAAGGGAGAAACAGUACAAAUGUGAAGAAUGUGGUAAGAGCCUUAGUUCUCAAAGGAAUCUUUCCAUACACCAGAGACUUCAUACAGGAGGCAAACCCUUCACUUGUGAAGAAUGUCACAAGGCCUUCAAUACUCGCUCAUCACUUUUUAUACAUCAGAAAAAUCAUACUGAUGAAAAAACCUACAAGUGUGGAAACUGUGGCAGAUCAUUUUACUAUCCUUCAAUGCUGAAACAACAUCAAAGAAUUCAUUCUGGGGAGAAACCCUACAAGUGUGAAGAAUGCGGCAAAUCCUUUACCUCAUUUCCAUACCUUAGAGAACAUCGAGCAACUCACUCCAAAGACAGCCCCAACAAGUGUGCCAAGUGUGGCAAAAUAUUGUCCUCUAAGGGAGCACUGAAGAGACAUCAAGUGGUUCAUUCUAGAGAGAUACCCUACAAGUGUGAUGAAUUGGUGAGCAUGUAACUAUCUGUAGGGCUGCAGAAACAGCAACAAGUUCCUUCUAGAAAGAGAUCAUACAAAUGUGAAGUAUGUCAGAAACCCUUUCCUUAUCGCUCAUCCCUUCUGAGACACAAGACAGUUCAUACUGGAGAGAAACCCUACAAGUGUGAAGAGUGUGGCAGAGGUUUUUACUUCUCUUCAUCCGUUCAGAGACUUAAAAGAAUUGUCCUUAAAAG